AUGGACUACAUGGAGCAAGGGUGUGUAACGCUGGUCGCGUUGAGCAUUCGGGCCCACGGUGAGAUCACUGUCCAUUUCCCCCGAAACCUUGAUGGAGAUUUGGACUUGGGUUACAAUGAGCCUGCUCUGGAUUCAUCCGAUGACUAUUGUCCGUCGGUGUCACCUGGGAGGAGGACGGCAUCCUGCCCUGAGGAGGUGCAUCAAGCAGUGGUGGGGCUGUUCAUAGCUGGUCGUCUGCUGACUGGGAAUCCACAAAAGUCCCACACGCACACACCCACACCACACACACGCGCACGCACGCACGCACACGCACACGCACACCCGCGCACACACACACAAACACACAGUAGUAUUUUCAAGAAGCUUACCUAUGUUCAACUGCUGUUUACUAAAGAACGCGAAAAGGGGGCAGCCAGAAGUACUUCAUGUGGUUGCAGACUAAAGUUGGUUCAUCAGCAGGCCAGCCCGAGCUGCCGUGAGCGAGCCCCAGUCACUGAGGGCCCGAAGUGGGAGACCAACAUCAAAUACAUCCUCAAAAACGCCCAGCAGAGGAUUCUGAGGAAGCACGGCCUGCCACAGGAGCUAUUGAGGCAGUUCUACACAGCAGUCAUCGAAUCAGUCCUGUGUUCAUCCAUCACAGUCUGGUUUGGUGCUGCCACAAAAAGGACAAACUCAGACUGCAACGGGCAAUCAGGACUACCAGAAAAAUGGUCGGUACACCCCCAACCCACCCUUGAGGACUUGCAUGCUGCCAGAACUAAGGGCAUGCAAAAUCCUCUUGGACCCUCCACAUCCUGGUUACCACCUCUUCCAGCUCCUUCCCUCAGCUAGGCGCUAUCAAUCAAGGCAAACUAAAACCAGCAGACAGUCCAACAGCUUCUUCCCUCUUGCCAUUAAAAUGCUAGAGACAAAGUAACUCUCACUCUACACACUCUUAAGUUUGCUCAAAAGUAUUUAUUGUGUAAAUGGCUGUCUUUUGUCGUACUAGAGCCACUCCAACUACCAGAGACAAAUUCCUUGUGCUUUUUUGACAUACUUGGGAAAUA